CCAAGCGCGAUGCUUCUCGGUUCAGAUGAUAUCAAUAUGGACCUCCUUGCUGAACACCACCUGCAGGGAACUUCAGCUGUAUUCUAUAUCCCAAACUUCAUCUCUGAAGAUGAGGAACAGUACUUACUACGGAAGAUAAAAGAUUCCCCAAAGCAGAAAUGGAAGAUGUUGAACAAUCGCAGAUUACAAUUAUGGGGGGGUGAAGUUCUCCAGAAGAACAUCCUUUUUCGCCAGGAAUUUCCGGCAUUCUUGAAUGAUUUUCCUGAUGUUCUAGGACGUCUCAGACUCCUUGGGGCCUUCAACCAAUCCCCACACAAAGGACCCAAUCACGUUAUAUUGAACGAAUAUCAUCCAGGACAAGGCAUCAUGCCCCACGAAGACGGUCCCUCAUAUCACCCAGUCGUCGCAACUAUUUCCUUAGGAUCGCAUACUAUCUUCCACUACUAUCAGUAUAAUAAGGAUAAAGACAGUUUGAGUGUUGACCCUGGAUCGACUCGGAUGGGACGUAGCGUCAAUCCAGCACCUUCAUUGUCAUUGUUUUUGGAGCCUCGCAGUGUUGUGGUUACGACUGGGGAACUUUACACAACACAUCUGCAUGGCAUAGACGAGGUAGAUGCCGACACAUUCACCGGCGAUGGUUUCCUGCUUCUUCCCAAUGGAUCGCACUCACAAAUCGUCAAUCGCCACAUGAUUAAAGACGAGACUGUCGCGAGAAUGAUUGAAUCGGGAGGGACGGUCGAGAGGACGACUAGGUACAGUCUCACUUGCCGCGAUGUCGAGAAAGUGGCAAGUGGGAGGGUAGCAGGAGUCGUCAAUCGUACUUGACUAUGGUAGCCUUUGGCCUAGAAGGACGACACCCCCACGUUCAAGUCCUUUGAGAGCCUUGAAGAAUAACAUUCUUACGUCACGACAGUUACGCUUGGACUUGAUUUGGUCAAGGUGUUGAGCGAGGUAUAGUAUAUCAUUUGAUCCCACAAGGCGCUUCCUUUCCUCUUCUCCACAUAAUGAUCAUAUAUGAUAACGAUAACCUACGUGGCUUCCUUUGGUGCUCACUCAGCAGCACUGAGCAUCGCUCGGGCGGCAC